AUGCCAAUACGCGUCGGCGGACGCUCCCAGGACAACCGAUCCCCGGGAACAUCGCCGUCACCUUCGCAAACGCCUUCGACGAGAUAUGGCUUAACAGGCCGGCGGAAGCCUGACGGGCGGAGUGUGUCUGGAACGAAAAGGAAGAGAACAAACACCCUCACGUCAGAACCGUCCACUACCCGCCAGAGGACCCUGGACACCGGCAGCGACGAGGAGGGCAGCGGCCAAAGCGAAAGCGGCAUCUUCGAGGACGUGUAUGAUCCUGACCAGCCACUUCAAGACCGCCGGGCUGUGCAACAAGGGCUGAGGGACCUCCUCAAGGGCAUUUCUGAAAACUCAGAGGAAUACCUGCGAGAUGACUCACGGGGUUUGCACGAUACCAUUUUAAAGGCCAACGAACUGUCCAAACAGUUGAAACAGACCACCGAAGCCACAAUCGAUUCGCGACUGCUCGUAAGCACCACUGAUCUGUCUUAUCGGAAAACUUUGCGUCUCACCCAAGGCAGCCUCUCGCAAGGCGUAGAUGUGGAUGAACUUGUUUCCAAGGCCAUUACAUACAUGCGACAAGGCAGUGGAAUUACCGAUGACAAUGCCCUGGAGCUGUCAAGCACACAGCGGCAACGGAGAGCAGCAUCACGGCGCAGGGGACAUGACGAUGAUGAAGACGACGACGAGAUAGGAGACGAGGGCGACAUGAUGAACUGGCCUCACCUCGGUCGUUUUGCUUGUUUGCCAUUCAUUCGACGUCCUGCCCUCCCAGGAUUCCUGUUGGGGCCAAUGUCCGUCGAGAAGAAAGCUCGCAAGAUUGCCAAACGGACUGCUCCCUUUCGACCUAAUAACUUGACAGAGACGCGGCCCGAGGUGCUCAACGUCGACGAGUUGGCAAGGAAGGAGAAUGACUUGACCGCGAUAUGUGGCAAGAUCCUGCACCAAUUGCAUAAGGUCCAGAUCGAAAGACAAAAAGCUGUCGCAGACUUGAUCCACGAAGAGAUGGACGGGCACGAACAAACGCGAAUCAUGCACCAGCACGGGCUUCGCAGCACUGGAGGAAUAGACUUGAUGCGUUUUGUUGUCAAUCCAAAGUCUUUUGGACAGACCGUUGAGAAUAUCUUCUACGUUAGCUUUCUCAUCAGAGAUGGCCGUGUUGAGAUCGAUUUUGACGAAUUCGAUCUCCCUGCAUUAGGUGCGUCCCAUGAACGCGUCGGAAACAUCGUUUAA